UUUUGCAGCCUAACGGUGAGUAGAAGAGGAAAGGAAAAAGAAAAAGAAGAGAAAAAACCUCUAGAGAGGGAAAACAAAGAAAGAAAGAAAGAACGAGCUGAGUUGGGUUUGGUUCGGCGAGUCACGACUCGGGUGGGUGUGAACCCCUGCCCCAAUCAAUCAACAAAGGAAGACAAGUAAGGUGCAAGCCAAAAGUCCUAAAACCAACAUCCCCCCUCCCCAAACAAAACUUACCUCCGGGGGUUGUGUGGCAAUAGCAAAAAAAUGGUGAACAAGAAGAUAUUAAGUCCUCCUCUCCUUUACCCAUCUCAUUCUUCUCUUCGUUGUUACCUUAAAAACUGUCUUUUUAACCCCUUUUGUCUUCCAUCACAGAUUCUACAACCAAACCCGAUUUUCAGAUGCCCUUUUCUCUCUUUCUUCGUCUCUCAUCAUCUUCUAUUGUGGGUACUUGAUUCCUUCGUCUGGGAAUAUCUGGAGUUUUUGCGAGAAGCUGGUGGCUUGAAGGAUGCUUCUAAUGGUUUCUGGUUGCUACAUCACCUGAGAAGUGGCACCAGUAGAAUUAGAUGGAAGAAUUUGCUGGCAUCAACACUGCUGUGAGGAAGAGGAGGAGUCAAACUUCUCGUCGCCCUUGGCAUGAAUCACAACCAUUUGCUGAAAGUGGUGAUCAUUCACCCUUGUCAUCAACACCACCUUUUUAUGCUGCAGACAAGGUUUCUAGUGAUGAGAAUGCUGAUUACGAUACUAAUCAUAAGAGGAAAGUGCUCAGUCUUAAUCAAUGUGUUUCCUUAGUUUCUUCUGUUGUGGGCAUCGAAGGUGAAAAAUCACAUAAAAAGAGUAAGAAUGAAGAUGGAGAAUUCAAUGCAUUCUACAAUAAUGAGCCAGGACAAAGUGUGUCCAAUAACAAGCGUUCUAGUGAGGGUGUGCUUGCCCCGGCCAAUUGGAAAACCAUGAGUGAGUUAAAUGAAGUUUUGGAUUUAGAAUCAAGAAAUGCAGGUAUUUAUGGUGGAAGGAAUGGUGCAAGUCUUACUCCAAAACAGGGAGGGAUUUCAGAUGGCUCAGUAAAUAAGAGCAAGAUUAAGAAAUUCAAGGUCAAGGUUGGUGGUAUUGUGCAUACAAUUGCCAAUUCAGCACCUAAUGGUGUGCCAGGUUGUGGGUCUUCUACCAAGAAGAAUGGCCUUCAGAGAAAUAAAGAGGACUGGCUUUCCCCUCAAGAUAAGAGGACUGGUUUGCAAGGAAUACCCUGGAAAGAUUUCUCCAGAGGUGGUUUUGGUUUUGGGAAGGAGGAUUCUUUUAUGGGAAAGAGGGUUGGGCAGAAUGUCCCUGGGAAGCAAGGGGACCUGGCAGGUUCAGUUCGUAAGAGCACACGGGUUCCAAAAAGGCGUGUGCUGGAUGAGGAAUUUGGUGAAGACUACAAUGAUGAGGAAAUUCGCUACUUGGAGAAACUUAAGACAUCAAAGAUCAAUCUGGCAUACAAAGAAGAUGGUGGAGAAUCAGGUAAGAAACAGCAGAAAUUCUCUAGGGUUUCUGAUGUGGAACAUAUUGGUACUUCAAGGUCUGGCAGAGAUGCGAAAAAGAAGCCCAAAUCAGAUAAGGGAUCUGAGGACACUGAUUAUGAGGACAAUGAAACAGGUUUUGAUGGCGAGAUUGAAGGUAAGAGAAAAUUAAAGCAAAAGGAAUCUGUUGAUACAUUGACGGAGAAUAAGAGGGAGAUGAUGCUCACAACUCGUCAACGGGCUCUUCAGUCAAGCAAAGAUGCCUCUGGUGCUCCUAGUGCAAGCGUAAUUGAGUUUCCGAAUGGAUUGCCACCUGCCCCACCAAGAAAACAAAAGGAGAAACUCUCAGAAGUGGAACAGCAGGUAAAGAAGGCAGAGGCUGCUCAGAGACGAAGGAUGCAAGUUGAAAAGGCUAAUAGGGAAUCUGAGGAAGAGGCAAUUAGAAAAAUACUUGGCCAAGACUCCAAUCGGAAAAAGCGGGAAGAAAAGAUGAAAAAGCGCCAAGAAGAAUUGGCACAGGAAAAGGCUGCCAAUGCCCAGAUGCUUGGAGCUAACACUGUUAGGUGGGUCAUGGGUCCUACAGGGACUGUCAUUACAUUUCCCCAAGAAAUGGGUCUCCCUAGUAUUUUUUAUUCCAAACCCAUCAGUUAUCCACCUCCGCGUGAAAAAUGUGCUGGUCCAUCAUGCACUAACCCAUACAAGUAUCGGGAUUCAAAGACCAAGCUACCUCUUUGCAGUCUACAGUGCUACAAGGCAAUACAGAAACAGCAGCAGACUGAAACAACUAGCUGAUGCUGUCAAAAGUCCUACCCUGGUGUCUAUCAAUGCAGUAAAUUCUGCUCUAUAUUUCUCCUUCUUUAAGACAUUGGAGAUUGUUUUGAGGGAUUAUGUUUCUGCUCAAUUUAGAAGGAUUUACUGAAUUGUGGAUUGAUAAUCGCUAUAAUACAGAGCUCUGUCAAUGAGAUACAGAUUUUUUUUUCUGCCUUAAGUUUACUUCAAUCUUGUUAAAGUUCUUUAAGCUGCAUAUACAUCAGAUCAACUUUUACAUGUAAAGGUAUAGUUUAUCCAUGGUUGAUGUUUUUCACCAGCCUAACUUCAGAAGAGAUAUUGCAUAGCAUCUUUUAUGCCAAAUUGCCAACAAGUUAUCCUUUCAUUGCAGUUCUUCAUGGUUUUCUGGAACUGCCUUCUGAAAAUACUAGGGGAAAUGGUUAGAAGUUAGAAGUUAGAAGUUAGGUUAGUACCUUGCUCUUGGUAAGGUUCGACCACUGGUCAAGGGUACAAUCCACCGGCAGCCCUGUUGGGCUGCAGUGGCCACCAAUGGGCCACAGCAGGGGAAUGCGACUUGCAUGCAUCUUGCAGGCUGAGACUACUUGUUAAUGAAACAGAAAGAAUUGUACUAAUCUUCACUGAUGCAGUGGCUUCUGCAGAUUUUCUUUUUGGAUAUAUCUUCUAUGUAGCCUGACAGGGGAGAGUGGAGGGCAUAUUUUGCCCA